CUGGAGAAAAAAGCCAGAGAGCAGGCUGACCAAUUGGUGGCCUUGGAAGAGCAGAGGGCUGGACUGGGCAGAGAGUUGAACACACUGAAGCACACUCACAACAAGUUGGUGGUCAGUUAUAAGGAUCUGCUGGAGAGGAAAAUGGAUCUAGAGAGAGCGAGAUCUCCACUAAGUAACCAUGUGCGCUCCAAGAAUUCACAAUCUACCCAGGGCCAGUCAGAAUCCUGUGUUAGCGGGCAGGAGCUAACUGAUCAAAGGCCAGAAACACCUCCUGAUUCUGUCCUGUUGGAAGAACCGGUAACCAAGGACGAUAGGGUGAUUGACAUUGUCGUAAUGCCAGACAGAGAUGCGUCCUUCAUUAAUGACAUCAUAAGCUCCACCCCUGAGCUGGUGAAGUUUCAUGGCCUUAUGAAGGCCAGCACCCCGGUCCGAGCAGACGCCAAAGAGCCAAUCAGAGACAAGACCAGCAUGGGGGAAGAAAUUAAUGAGGUGGCGGAGAAGGAAGGAGAGAAGGAGGAGAAAAAAGAGGAAGGAGCGAAGCAGGAGAUGGAGGAUGAGGAUAUGGAUAGUCUGGAAUGGGAGCUGAGGAACACAGAGUCUGUGUUCUCAGAGCUGUCAGAGCUGAGUCAGGAAUACAUAGAGAGUGUGGACCAGGGGCCCAGUGUCAGAGGCAGCACCGACCAGUUUGAGGAGAUUCUUUCUCAGUAUGAGGACCUGAAACACACCCAUGAGUUAGUGAACGCGGCCCGGAAAGCACUGAUCUCUCGUGUGGAGGAGCUGACCAAUGAGAGGUCAGCUCUUAAAGUGGAGGUGACUUCCUGCCAGGAGACUGUCACCCGAUUGGAGGGAAGGAUGAAGGAAAUGGAGGAGGAAACCAAGAGACUUCGGAAAGAACUGGAAUCAAAUAAAUCAGAUGAUUCCUCCCUGACCAUAUCGCUGCGUCGGUUCUCUCGUUCGGAGAUGUCCCGUGUUGUCAUGGAGAAGAACCAGUAUAAGGAGCGUUUGUUUGAGCUGCAGGAGGCUGUGAGACGCAGUCAGACCAUUCGGGCCACCCAAGAAGAGAGGAUCACAGAGAGAGAAAGGACUAGUGUGUGGAGAAGAUUCAACCGUUUGUUUGGCCUGAACAAGAACCCCUUGGUUCCGUCYGCUGCUCUAGCGCUGACCUUGCCGACGUCCCCGUCCCUCACUCACUCACCAAUGGGGUCUCCACGGCAACUGGCUGUCAGUACAACUCAGACAGAUGGUGCCUCCCCUGCUGCAGCCCUGUCUCCGCGGGUCAGGAGGAGGGAGCUGUACGAGAGAAAUCCGCCUCAUGUCUGGGAACCCUGGGAAAACGCCAGUUCAUGGCUGGAAGCAUGCCCACUGUCACACACACAGGAUUCCUCCGAUCCGACCCCUGAGCCCAAAGAUGUGCCUGUCCUAGUGCAGCUCAGACUGCUGGACCAGAGAGAUUCUACAGCCAAGCUAAACUGUGCUGUUGCUGUCACACCUGAGAUCUCAGGCGAGACAACGUGUGCAGUGUGGGUGGUCUCUGGUCCCGCCUCCAGUAGUGAUGUCACAGUGAUCAACCCUGCACGGUCCAAUACGGUGCUGGAUCAGUUCAGCCUCCCGCCCACCUCGCCCGCCCUAUGCAUCUGUGCUGUGCCCCCUACUGGUGAGACCUCAGGAACUGUGUGGAUUGGAACUCAGGAAGGAAGUGUGUUGGUCCACUCCGCGUCCACAGCCAGGAGGCGCUGUCUGCAGUCUAUCUCUCUGUCUGAGGGUGUGCACUCUCUCACGUAUUCACAGGGUCAAGUCAUUGCUGGAUUAGCCAAUGGGACGCUUGCAUUCUUCUCGCACAACCCAGGUAAUUCCCCCUCUCAGGAUUCCUCCGAUCCGACCCCUGAGCCCAAAGAUGUGCCUGUCCUAGUGGCAGCUCAGACUGCCUGGAACCAGAGAGAUUCUACAGCCAAGCUAACCUGUGUGGUUGCUGUCACACCUGAGAUCUCAGGCGAGACAACUAGUGAUGUCACAGUGAUCAACCCUGCACGGUCCAAUACGGUGCUGGAUCAGUUCAGCCUCCCGCCCACCUCGCCCGCCCUAUGCAUCUGUGGCUGUGAGACUCAGGAACUGUGUGGAUUGGAACUCAGGAAGGAAGGGUGUGCACUCUCUCACGUAUUCACUGGUCAAGUCAUUGCUGGAUUAGCCAAUGGGACGCUUGCAUUCUUCUCGCACAACCCAGGUGGAUGGGAUCUCCAAUCACAUGAGGUUUUGCCUCUGGGAUCGUCUCCACUGCAGCCCAUUCGUUGUUGCCUAGCGAAGGGGGCGUGCUUAUGGGUAGGAUACUGGAAUCGGGUUCAUGUGGUCGAUGUCGAGAAUAGAAAAGUGGAGCAAACUUUAACCGUCUCGGAGCGCAGUGAGCAGCAGGUGCGUUUCCUAUGUGCGGCAGGAAGUGGUGUGUGGACGUCCUGCCGGCUCGACCCUACACUCAGGCUUUUUGAUUGGUCCACUGGCCGGCCUCUGCAGGAUGUGGAUCUGACCCCUCUGGUCACCAAAACACUGGGCCCUGCCUUCUUGUCUCUCUCUCCGCUGCAGAUCUCGUCCCUCACCUUCAUCUCUGGCCGGCUGUGGGUGGGAACAGGAAGUGGCGCCAUCUUCUCCAUCCCUGUGUCUCUCAGUUCAGAGUCUGCCUCUAUACCAUACUGCUCUUUGGCGGCAGCACAACUGUGUUACCAUGGACACCGCCAGGCUGUCAAGUUCAUCAUUGCUGCACCUGGCUGUGUGACCAGCUCCUCUACAAUAGGAGGCGGUGCUGUGACUCUAGUCUCUACCUCUCAGCUCAUCCUCAGUGGAGGAGAGGGCUACAUCAACUUCCGCAUCGGUGAGUUGAGGACAUCACGUGGUUGUCAUUAGAGUGGUUGUCUGACUGACUCUGUCUCCCUCUUAMCUUUYCCAGGYGAYGACGCGAAUGACGGCGCGCCCAAAGCUGCCCCGCUGCGAUCAGACCGCAGUCACAUGAUCAUCUGGCAGAGCCCCACCCCCUCCCUGCCCAGCUCCGCCCUUUGACCACACCCACAUCCAGUCUAGAAUGAGACAAGAAAGGAUUAGACAGAGAUGUCAUACAAGAGACCAGGAAGUACAAAUGGGAGCCAUGUUUUAAUGGGCUUCAUUCACUAGGAGUUCCAUUUGGAUUUUUGUUCUAGAAUCUUGGGAUUAAAUUAAGACAUCACAGCUUAAUCCUUCUUGUCUCACUCUGUUAUUCAGUUGCUACCCUCAUCCCCUUGACUAAACCUUUCACCUGGUUAACCCAGUCUCCUCUAUGUGUGCCUUAAUAUGAUUUGACAAUCGUUGCUGUGAGAUUGGUCAUUGUACAAUGUUUUGUGUUUUUUGUUUUUUGUGAAACAUGUUUCCUCAUUAUGGUAAUCAUAUAUGGGCGGCAGGUAGCCUAGCGGUUAAGAUCGUUGGGCCAGUAACACAAAGAUUGCUGGUUCGAAAACCCGAGCCGACUAGGUCAAAAAUCGGUCUGUGCACGCACAUGAGCAAGGCACUUAACCCUAAUUGCUCAUGUAAAUCGCUCUGGAUAAGAGCGUCUGCUAAAUGACUCAAAUGUAAAUAUCAUCAUCACUGUAGCAAAGUAUUUUACAGUAAGAGUCUCUGACUUUUGUUUGGUCAGUUAAGAAUGGUUUGGGUUUGUUUUUACCACAAAACAUGCACACUCAGAUUCAUAUCAUCAUUCCAUGACGUUGGAUCAAACUUGUUUACAUUGAUACUGAGAUGUAGUGUUGAAGCUGCUGGGUUCCUAAUAACUAUUGUUGCAUAAGACCUGGCCUUCAGUUCCCAUUGCAUGCUUGGAAAUCUUGCACUUUAUUUAUCAUCUCUCUCUCUGUGUGUGUGUGUGUGUGUGUGUGUGUUGUGUGUGUGUGUUG